UGCCUCGCCUGCAGUCAUUUGUUCUGCCGAUGCCGGUUCCCAGCAGGCAUAUCAACAUUGGCCGUUCACAGAGCUGGGAUGCUGCUGGCUGGUAUGAGGGCCCUUGGGAGCAUGCUGAGGUUCUGCCACCCCUGGGAAGGCGAAGCUCUCUAACGUAUGGCUCGGCCGAGGGGCCCUGGUGUGAGCUGUCAAACCACCGAGCACAGGACGCCACCCUGCCCCGGGGCCCCGAGCCCUACCUGUACCAGGAGGCCUUUUAUAACUCACUGGCCGCGAGGAAGGGCUCUGCUCCCGACGUCACCUUCUACAACAGCAGACAGGCAGUGAUGUCUGGUCGUGGCGCCCUCCUGCCACAGGAUUACUACAGCGACCCAUCCAGAGGCACAAAGGUACCCAAGGAGCCACCCUACUAUCGGGACCCAGGAGUUGGCCAGCCAGUGCCCAGCUACGGAGUACUUGGCAGCAGAGUGCCGUGGGAGCAGGUACAAGGCCAACUACCUGCUCUGCAGGACAUCAGCCACCUGUACCGGGAUCCUGGGGAUAAAAUGAUCCCUCAGGGGCAGCGGACGAAGGGCAGGGCCCCGUCUCCUGGACGUUAUGGAAGGGAACUGCCGGAUGCCAGGUUCGGGGCAGAGACAGCUGCCUAUCCAUCCAGUCAGGUGUACAACAACGUUGGCGAGAGACCUGUUGAUUCUAACCCCGCCAGACAGAUGGCUCCGACGUGCCUGGUUGUGGACCCCGGCUCAGAUGCUCCCUCUGAGAGCAGCACGGGAAUAGCCCCAGGUUCCCUGAAUCGAGGCUAUGGGCCUCCCCGGGAAAAUGUCCACUCUAAGUUGGCUUAUGAGAAUUACGAAGGUGACCUGCCUGUGUUCCAGGGACCCGGUGGCAAGAGGAGUGUGCUCCCAGAGUUUCUGGCGCUGCUGCGGGCAGAGGGUGUGGCAGAGGCCACUCUGGCGGCCCUCCUGCAGCAAGGCUUCGACUCUCCCGCUGCCCUGGCCACCCUGGAGGACGCAGACAUCAAGUCUGUUGCGCCCAACCUCGGCCAGGCCCGCGUCCUGAGCCGCUUGGUCAGCAGCUGCCGGACCGAGAUGCAGCUUCGGAGGCAGAAUCGCAUGGGCCCCCUGCCCCGUACACGGUCCAGCAGUUUCAGCCAUCGGAGUGAGCUGCUGCCCAGUGACUCAGCUUCUCUGGGUGCCACAGCCCUGCAGCCCCAGCCUCCAGGGCCCCUGCAGAUGACUUCCCCCCAAGCUGGAGACCUGGCUCGCCGCCCUUCCAGUGCACCCUCCCAGCACCUCCUGGAGACAGCCACCUACUCUGCUCCUGGGGUGGGCCCUCAAGCCCCCCAUCUCCCUUCCAACUCGGGGUAUAGCUCUCCCACCCCUUGUGCCCUCACAGCGCGGCUGGGUCCUUCUUAUACUCAGCAGGCUGGGGUGGCCUUAUCGAACCCAGGCCCCACAGGCCCCAGAACAGCCUACUCCACCUCGUACACGGUGCCCAUGGAGCUGCUGAAGCGGGAGCGCAGUGUGGUUGCCUCUCCGCUGCCCAGCCCGCAUGGCAGCCCCCAGCUCCUGCGGAAGCCUGGAGUCCCUGUGGACCCAUCUACCUUGCCACCAGUCAGCCAAAGCCUCCACACACCACACUCAUCGUACCAGAAGGUGGCCCGGCGGACGGGGGCGCCCAUCAUCGUGUCCACCAUGCUUGCUCCAGAGCCAAGUAUCCGCCCCCAGAUCAUGAACGGCCCCCUGCACCCCCGCCCCCUGGUGGCGCUGCUAGACGGCAGAGACUGCACCGUGGAGAUGCCCAUCCUGAAGGACCUGGCCACAGUGGCCUUCUGUGAUGCACAGUCCACACAGGAGAUCCACGAGAAGGUAUUAAAUGAGGCCGUGGGUGCUAUGAUGUACCACACCAUCACCCUCACCAGGGAAGACUUGGAGAAGUUCAAGGCCCUGAGAGUGAUUGUGCGGAUCGGCAGUGGCUACGACAACGUGGACAUCAAGGCUGCUGGCGAGCUGGGGAUCGCGGUGUGCAACAUCCCAUCUGCGGCUGUGGAAGAGACGGCUGAUUCCACCAUCUGCCACAUCCUCAAUCUGUACCGGCGGAACACGUGGCUGUACCAGGCACUGCGGGAAGGGACACGCGUACAGAGUGUGGAACAGAUCCGAGAGGUGGCCUCGGGAGCAGCCCGAAUCCGUGGAGAGACACUGGGCCUCAUCGGCUUUGGUCGCACAGGGCAGGCGGUUGCUGUUCGAGCCAAGGCCUUUGGAUUCAGCGUCAUAUUUUAUGACCCCUACUUGCAGGAUGGCAUAGAGCGAUCCCUGGGCGUGCAGAGGGUCUACACCCUCCAGGAUUUGCUGUAUCAGAGUGACUGUGUCUCCUUGCACUGCAAUCUCAAUGAACAUAACCACCACCUCAUCAAUGACUUUACUAUAAAGCAGAUGAGGCAAGGAGCAUUCCUAGUGAAUGCAGCCCGAGGCGGCCUGGUGGAUGAGAAAGCCUUAGCCCAGGCCCUCAAAGAGGGCAGGAUACGAGGGGCAGCCCUUGACGUGCACGAAUCUGAGCCCUUUAGCUUUGCUCAGGGUCCAUUGAAAGACGCACCAAAUCUCAUCUGUACUCCCCACACAGCCUGGUACAGUGAACAAGCAUCCCUGGAGAUGAGGGAGGCAGCUGCCACAGAGAUCCGCCGAGCCAUCACAGGUCGCAUCCCAGAAAGCUUAAGAAACUGUGUCAACAAGGAAUUCUUCGUCACAUCAGCUCCUUGGUCAGUAAUAGACCAGCAAGCAAUUCAUCCUGAGCUCAAUGGUGCCACAUACAGGUAUCCACCAGGCAUUGUAGGUGUGGCUCCGGGAGGACUUCCUGCAGCCAUGGAAGGGAUUAUCCCCGGAGGCAUCCCAGUGACUCACAACCUCCCCACGGUGGCACAUCCUUCCCAAGCUCCCUCUCCCAACCAACCCACAAAACAUGAGCACCCCAAUGAGCAAUAGCAGAGAAUACUGACAGGUAAUCAUUUGCAUAAACUUGGGACCAAGAGACAGUGCAAAAUGGAUGAACUAAGAGAAAAGUCUCUGACAGUCUUUUUAACUGAUCCUGGACAUACACAUCCGUGAUGUUGCAGUGUUAAAGCUACAAGAGCUAGACAGUUGAAGAUGUCUGCUUCCAGAAGCGCUGAAAGACUAGGACGUGACUUAUUAACGACCAACUUCUGUUAUUGUGUGUUAAGUUUUUCAUCUGUGCAUCAAAUCACAAAGAAUAAAUAGAGCUUUUUCCUUUAUCAGUCCCUUGGACACAGCAGGUCUGAGCAACUUGCUCUAGAAUGUUGCAUCAAGAGUUCCAAACAUCAAAAUAAAAAAAUGUUAAGAGGAAAUCCCCAUCUUAUGACUCUAGUCCCUUUGGUCUACAGGGGCUCGUUACCUCUUUUUACUAGUAGGAAGAUUAAAUUACUACAAAAUGGGGAGAAAACUGCCUGUUAGACACCUGCACUCCUAGGAGUGAAGAGUCCAGGCUCCUGUACAAAGAAGUGUCUCACAUCUGAACUGCAUACUGAGCGCGCAAGUUGGUUGUUAGUUCAGUAAUACCCUCUGGUGAUGCAAAAAAAGUGAAAGAAAAAUUAUUAAGUUUCACAAGCUGUUUGUACUCAAAUAUAUUUUCUCAGUUUCAGAUCCUCAGCUAUUUUAUUGAGUGGAAAGUCUUGAACUGUAAGGGUUCAAGAAGAAUAAUGUUGCAUUUCCUUAUGUCUCAGGAAACACUUUUUAUGGUAACUUGUCAGAUUGUCUAUGAACAAACCCACUUUUUUAGACAUUGAUAAAUUCUUUUCUUCACGUGAUAUUUUAUACAAAAACACUUCAGAUGUGUUAUUAGAUGUGACUGAUUUUAACAAAUCCUAUUAGAUUUGUAUCAACUAGUUACAUGUUCUAUUCAUAGUCUUUUGUGAAUCAUUGCCUUUCUGUUUAAAAAGAUGGCCUAUUUUGAGCCUUUGUAUAGGUACAUUCCUGUUUUUGUGACAAAAGAAAAACUUUAAACUGUCCCAAACAGAAAAAUAAUGGCUAUCAGAACUAUGUUUUGUUUUAGUGUGAGUUACCGUUACUGUAUUUGUUUAUUGUAAAGGUGGACAUUUAGCGUUCAGUGCAGUUUUCAAUAAAAAGAAAUUAAAAUUUC